AUGGACUACAUCUCCAACUACUCAAGUGCCAAGUUCGGCGUCUUCGCGCCGAUGUUCAACAUGCGUCGCACCAUGGGCUUCUUUGACAUCGCCUGCAGCACACAGCUCCAUUGCUUGUGCCAGACAGGCCGGGGAAGGAGGAACUCUCUUUGGGAUGUGGAGUUCAACAACUCUCUGCGCUGGGAUGAGAAUAGCCUCCACAUGAACAGGACCUAUUGGGAGAACUAUAUGACAUGCUUCAAGAAGAGGACGCGCUGCUGGUGGUACAAUGACACCACGUUCCAAUUGACUUUCGUUCUGCUCUCCCUGCUCUGUUUGGGCUGCCUUGUCUUUAGCCUGGCCGGCUGCAAUGGAGGUGCACAGCGAGAGGUCACGCUCAAUGAUGCAACUGCAGCUUCCAACUACGGCCAGCUGCUGGAAGCCUGCGAACGUCAGAGUGAAGUGGACAACACCGUGGACAGGUGGAUCGUGAGAGGUGCAUGGGCAUCCAUGGCGUAUGGCGUGACCCUCGUGCUUCUAUCGGUCACCACCAUGUGUCAUGUGAACUUUGGCAUCGGCUUCGGCUUCGGGGUGGAUGGCUUGGAAGCGGUGCUCUUGAGUGCGCUGCAGGUGCUGAUUUGUGGAUCUGCUUGUAUGGUGCAGAAGCAUUUGUCCACCGCUUCGAGGCAUGUGGUGCAGUGGUGGGUCUUGGCCUUCGCCUUGGCCAAGUUGGGCAUGGCCGUGGGGGACUUCAUCCUCGCCAUCAUGUACUUCAACGAGACGAUGCUCAUGACAUCGAUGAUUUGCCAAUCUGUGGCCGGCACUGCCUUUGCCCGAAUCCACGUGGGCGCUGUGCAACAGAUGGGCGGAGCUGCACAGGUGACGAAGAUCAUCGGAUGUUCGGGUUUGCUCUUGAUUUUCACCACCUUCGGUGCUGGCAUGGGGUUGGGUCUUUGUGGAGCCCUCUUCAUUUUUGAUAACUCCAACGACACGAUUGACCCCAUGGCCGGGAUCUCCAUCACCUACUUCGGUGCUGCGCUCUGCCAGUUCCUGGCUGGUGCUGCGCUGCUCCGGGCCAAUACCCAGGUGCCGGGCCAAGCCGAACGUCGACCCAAAAGUUCCCCUUCAGAUCGAAGGCUUCCCACAGAAAAGACUUGCACUUGUAUCUUUUUAUACUUUAGAAGACAGAUAAUUAUAUAUUGA